GGAGACAAACUGGCGAUGAAUGGAUUGCUCGGUGUGGAUCAAACUGAAGAUGACCAAUCAACAGCAGAUCCGAAUCAGGAAAUAAUCGCUGAACAAACGAAAUUUAUCCGUCAAGUCGUUGAACUUGUGAAAACAAUGGGAAUUGAUAAUGAUACAGAUGUUGGCCAACUCACACUGUUUUCUCCACGAAUCCUAUCGAUAACACCCGAAGAAGCACGAACAAAGACGAUGAAUCUGUUUUCACCAUCGAUAUUCAGUCUUCACGAUCAAGGUGACGGGCUUGAGGCGCUUCUGAGCGUUCCAAAGGCGGUAAAAACCAUUCAAGAUCCUGACUACAGGCAAUGGAUGAACUUGAUUUUGGAAGCGUCUGGAGUACCUGAUGUUAUUGAAGAGACACACGUACGUAUUAUAGCAAAAUGA